UGUGACACACAUAACGGUGCCUAUAUAAAUAGCUCACACCACUCUUCUGCAGUCGCUAUUUACAGUUAAGCACUGUGCGAGGUUCCAACUAAUUAAAUACUUCAACAACUGCAAAUUCAACUUGACCCGAGCAAACAAAGGAGGCAAAUAUGCGAUUCAUGGGGGGCGUUUUGGGGCCCUUGGGAGUGGGUCUUCUGCUCCUGGGACUGUUUGCGCCCAUUUCUGGAAUUGGAUUUCGUCGCGGAAAGCUGGGCAAUGGAUUCCUUGGGGAGCCUAGCAAGAUUCCAACCCUGCAAAGGAGCCAGCAAUCAGAGGAUCUGUGGUUUGAGCAGCGAUUGGAUCACUUCAAGUCCAGCGAUAAGCGCACCUGGCAGCAGCGAUACUUUGUGAAUGCCGAUUUCUACCGGAAUGACAGCUCCGCACCCGUUUUCCUGAUGAUUGGUGGCGAGGGUGAGGCGUCGGCCAAGUGGAUGCGGGAAGGUGCUUGGGUGCACUAUGCAGAGCACUUUGGAGCGCUUUGUCUGCAGCUGGAGCACCGUUUCUACGGCAAGAGUCAUCCGACCGCGGAUCUGUCCACCGAUAAUCUUCGCUAUCUCAGUUCGGAGCAGGCUCUUGAGGAUUUGGCCAGCUUUGUGUCCGCCAUGAAGGUUAAGUUCAACCUGGCCGAUGGUCAGAAAUGGAUCGCCUUCGGUGGUUCCUAUCCUGGUUCGCUGGCUGCCUGGGCCCGCGAGAAGUUUCCCCAGCUCAUCCACGGAUCAAUCAGCUCCAGUGGUCCCCUACUGGCGGAGGUUGACUUCAAGGAGUACUUCGAGGUGGUCAAAGCCUCUCUAGCUGCCUAUAAGCCCGAAUGCGUGGAGGCCGUGACCCGCAGCUUUGCUCAAGUGGAGAUUCUACUCAAGCACAUGAUUGGGCAACGCAGUCUGGACGAGAAGUUCAAAACCUGCACUCCCAUCAAGGAUUCCAUUGAAAACGACCUGGACAUGGCCAACUUCUUUGAGAAUCUGGCCGGCAACUUUGCUGGAGUGGUGCAAUACAACAAGGACAACAGUCCCCAUGCCACCAUUACCAUUGACGACAUCUGCGAUGUUAUGCUGAAUACUACCGCGGGACCACCUGUCACCCGUUUGGGCCUGGUGAACGACAUGCUAUUGAAGGAAUCGAACACCACCUGCCUGGACUACAAGUACGAGAAGAUGGUGGCGGACAUGAAGAACGUGUCCUGGGACUCGGAGACGGCCAAGGGAAUGCGGCAGUGGACGUAUCAGACCUGCCACGAAUUCGGCUUCUACCAGACCUCGGAAAACCCGGCAGACACUUUUGGUGAUCGUUUCGGGGUGGACUUCUUCAUUCGCCAGUGCAUGGAUGUGUUCUCAAAGAAUAUGGACGCCAAGUUCCUGCAGCUGGUGGUGUCCGGCACCAAUGAUUAUUAUGGCGCGCUAAAGCCAAACACCACAAAUGUGCUGUACGUGCACGGUUCCAUUGAUCCCUGGCAUGCUUUGGGCUUGGUCAAGUCAUCUAGCCCUGCACUUCCUACAAUUUACAUAGAAGGAACUGCUCACUGCGCCAAUAUGUAUGAGCCGGUGAAAACCGAUCCGCCCCAACUGGUGGCCGCUCGCAACAAGAUACUCAAAUUCCUGGCCACGCUACUGGAUGGCUACACCUCAGCACUAAUGUGAUUUCGAAAUGGAAGGGGAAAGUGGCCAUGUCAAAUGUAAUUUUGGACUCGUCAGCGAUUUGUUUUAUUAUUUGCUAACGCAUGAGUUUUAUAAUAUAUUUUCUGCUCCGCUGGGAGUUAAUCCUU